AUGGCUUUCAAUUCUGUUUCCCAAGCUAAUUUGGCCUCUAGCAGUCGUCGUCCCACCCCAGUUCGUCAGUAUUUUCCUUUUCCCCGAAACCAAAAUACCUCCAACUCUAUCCCUGUUGUUAUUGGGGAUAAUACCAUCAAUAUUGAGAGAUUUGCUGUCCAAAUUGAUAUGCCACCUCCUCCACAGGAUUUCGAUAGCCACUAUUCUAGAUUCUGUCUAGUAGGAAAGAUCUUCGGGCCUCUGGUCCCCCUUGACAUUGUCUUCGCAAAGUGUCAAGAACUCUGGAAUAAUCUCAAAGGGGCUAUCAACAUGAGCAGAUUACCCAAUAAUUGGUUCUGCUUUGAGUUUAAUAACGAAGAAGAUGUGUUGUUCAUCCUCGACAACCGACCUUGGUACAUUAGGAGUCGCCUCUUCCGCAUCCAACGCUGGAGCCCGGAAUUCGAUACUACUGUCUCCUCCAUUGAUCGUCUGAUCGUUUGGGUGAGGCUCCCAAAUUUACCUCUUCCCCAUUGGCAUGAAUCCUCGCUCAAACACUUGGGCCAAUACCUUGGAACUUUUAUUCAAGCGGAUGAGUUUACCCUCACCGGUAAAAAAACCAUGUUUUCCCGCAUCAAGAUUGAACUGGACCUACGAUACCCACUUCGUAGCAUGGCUCUGGUCAACAACCAUGAUGGUAAACCCCCUAGCUUUGUCUUAGUGUCCUAUGAGGUUAUCUUUGAGAUUUGUUUUCGUUGUGGCCUUUACCGUCAAAGAAACCAUGUAUGUCCUAGAAGAAAUAUCAAGGACAGCUUCUUUAUGGUCGAGAGAUUGGAGCAUGAGCAAGCGGUCUAUCCAGCUGACAUGGCAAACAGUGAGUUCAUCAAACCACUCCUGUCAAAUGACAUUUCCAUUAUUUUCCCUCAACCCAUGUUCAAUUAUUAUGAGCCGGGUAGCUUUAAGGCCAAUAAUGAUGACCGGUCUGAAAGUAAUGCCUAUGGUGACAAUGAUCCUGCUGACAGCCAUUGGAGAAUUGUUUCUAGGAGAGGCAAGGGGAGAGGACAACGCUUUCCCAAGAAUGGUCAUUGGACACCAGGCCCCAAUUCUGAUAGACCGAAAGGCAACAAUGUUGUUCUUGUUGGGUUGUCUUUCAGAGAUGUUGCUAAGGGUGAAGCUGAGGCUAAUCAGCGUGCUAUCGCUAAUAGGAAACAUAAGGAGAUUGUGGUGGUUUCCUCUGAUUCCUCCUAA